GUUGAGGCACGUCGUGAUUUGCUCAACAAAUCGGUGCUCUUUCAUACUCACUACAUGGAAAUCACGGAAUGGUACGGGCGAAUGGACGUGAAAAACAGUGAGUACGAGAGAGUGUCGGGAAGUAUCCAGGAAGGUGAACGCCGCAAGGAGGAAUGGAUGAAUGAAAGUGAUGCAACGGCACAGGCUUUGGAACACCAAGCUCAAAUGAUGAACAUUGAUAAUCGGGAAACGGUUGCUGUAAUUCAACGUCUAAUCAACGAUAUUGGUACAUUUUUGGUUCUUAUCGUCGUCACUGGUUGA